AUGGACGUGCAUUCUGAUAUUAUUGAUCUGGAAGCGAUCAGGGAUUUUCUCUCCCAGUCCAGAAUCCCGCAGCGAUCACAGGACAAUAUCCUCGACCAGUUUGUCCAAGGUUGCCGUGUCGUCGAAACGGCAAGGGAUGAUGCGCAAAGGCAGAGACGAGAAGUAGAGGCAGAAGCGGCUCAAAUUAAACAAGAGCACGCUAAAUUGCAAGAGAAGCAAUCUGCUUUAGAUGCGGCUCUUGCAGGGCUGACUGCCACUCUGCCGGAGGUCCUUGAGUCUGUUGAGACUUCAGUUGAAUCUGUCACUUCAAACUUGUGGACAGAGUUCCAGGCUAUCCAAACUUCCGUGGUGUCUGGCACUACAGACCUCAAGGCAGGUCUUCGGACAGUGGCGUUUAACAGCUCGAAACUGGAGGGUGAUCUUCAGGCCGUGCACGCUUCUGUGGAAUCUGGAACUACGGAGCUAAAGACGGAUCUUCAAUCUGUCCGAACUUUGGUGGAAUCUGAGAACACAGACCUGACGACAAAGUUGGAGUCUGUCCACACUUCCGUGGCAUCUACAGCUGAUCGCCUGAAGGCCGAGCUGGACCAAACGGUAAGGCUGCUUCGCGAUGAGGUGGUUCACCGACAGAACUUUAGAAUAUCUGUCAAUGAUUCCCAUAAAAGAACCAUUGAUCUUCUCAAUGUUCUUUCUACGGCGGUUGCUAACGCCAACAAUAGCAUAGCAACACUUGGUGCUAGCCAUGACAAGCUGGAUGCAAUUCCCAAUGUAUUCGGUGAAGUCAAAAGUAGCCUGCUUGAGAUUACCACUGCUUGCAAGAAUCUCAGAGGACUUCCCAGUGCGAUGAGUGAAGUCCAACGUAUGCUACGUGCAGUUGGCGUUAGCGUUGGCAAGAUUCAUGGGCUUCACAAGGCCGUUGACGAAGCCAACAAGUCCCUGGCCACAAUCAGCUCUGGCGUUAGCAGCCUGCACAGACUUCCUAGUGAGAUCGACGAAGUCAGCAAAAUGCUGCUCGAGUUUGGCACUGACUGUGCCAAGGUUGACCAAGUCAACAGGGCCUUAGUAUUAGCUAAGACUAGUGACGACAAGAUGGAUGGUAUUUCCAACGCCAUUAAUCGUGUCGAGGUCGGCUGCACCAAGCUUGAUCGGCUCCCUGCGGCGGCCGAUUGCAUUGAGGAUGUCGUUGGUAAAGUUGAGAGUCUUUCCGAAGCCGUCCAGCGUAUCGAGACCAGCUACCGCAAGCUAGAUGAGCUUCCUAGGGUCUUUCACAAAGCCCUAGACAAGCACAGUGCCACCAUUGAAGCCACAUCCGGGAAACUUGAUGGUAUUUCCAAUGCCGUCAAGCGGGCCAAUGAUCGGCUGCUGUCAAUGGAAGCGAGCUCGGUGGCUACAGCCAACCUGGUCAAGGCUUCUGAUGUUAGCCAGAAGGCGGUAGCCGAAUCUGUUGUUAAUAUUGACAAUAGAUUGGCUGCCACAUUGACAGAACAGCAAUUUAUGGCUCGUAUGACACCAAUGGAAGCGAGCAUCAAUGCUACCGAGCGGGCAGUCAACACUUUGCCCACCAUGGCUAACUUCGCGGAGAUUUCCAGUCAGUUGGCUUCUGAGGCUGAGUAUCAGCAGCUGAAGGGGAGGUGCGACUGGCUGGAAGGUGAAGUAAAUAGGCUCAAUCAGCAUGAUGUCCAUCGACAGAACGAGCUGGUCGAGGCUACAGCUAGACUUCACAACUCCCUGGACGACUUAAAGGACAUGGAGAGUCGUGUAGGUCGUCGUGAUGUCACAAUUGCUAACCUUAGAGAAAUUGAGGAAGAUCUCGAACUACAGUUGGAAGAGGCUCAAGAAAACCUUGAUCGAGAUGAUCAGGUAGUGGCAGACUACACGGAACGUCUCCGUGAUGCGGCGACCAGGUUAGCAGGGUUGGUUCCUCGCGCCGAUCUUGCCCAAGCCAAAAAUUCAGUCAAAGACUUGCAAAACCAAGUAGCUCGCUUGAAAGCAAGUCUUGACAGUGAAAAACGGCAAAACGCAGCCUGCCUCAAGAACCUAUCUGAGCAGGCCACCAAGUUGGAGUCGGAGCAGAAGCGUGCCGAACGUGCCGAGACUGCCAAGAAUGAGUUGGCAAUCAAGGUUAUCGACGUCGAGAGGCAGUCGCAAACUUCUGCCAAGGAAGUCAAGUCCCUUCAUCAAGACCUGAAGGACGCGUGGCAAGACCAGAAGCUGAUUCUGGAAGCACAAGUGUCAGACAAGGUCGCUCUUCUUGCUAUGAGCCAACGAGAUCUUGUCCAGAUGCGCUCCCAAUUUGAGACCGUUCAGGGCAAGUUGUCUAUUGCGGAGGAAGAAAAGGCCAAUCUUCAACGGUCUCUAGAAGAUGCCAAUCUGGACACCUCGAAUACAGUCACUGUGCCAAAAGGGCCACUGGGUGACCUUGCGGCAAUGUACAUGAAGCUGGCCGACAAUAUUCGGGAUAUCCCGACUGCUCCAGAAAGCUACGAAACAUUCCAGCUAGACGAACUGGCAGCAACAAUUGGGCCACUACUAGCACAAUUCCAAGCAACGGAACGACUAGUAGAACUGCUGAAUAGCCAAUGUGACAGUUGGCACUGCUUUGAGCAGGUCGUUAAUAAUGGCCAUGAAUAUAGUCAUACUCAAGGUAAAAAUUGCCAUGAGCAUGGAAAUGAGUGUAUUUUAGUACGAGUCAGCGAUCUGGGACAUCCUGUAUUAGACUUUGAGAUGAGAUCCUUUUAA